AUGGUUUCGUCGGGGAAGAAGAGUGGAUGUUUGAUGGGUUGCGGCUCCGUAAUGGUAGUUGUCGGAGCUGUCAUGGUGAUAUUUUGGCCAACCUUGUUCUUCAAUCAGCUGAAAAGUAUGAUGAUCCUCUCGGAAGAAUCUACAUCUUUCUCCAUUUGGCGAGAAGUUCCUAUUCCAAUGUACCUGGAAUGCUACAUGUUCAACAUCACAAAUGUGGAUGAAAUUAUCGCUCGAACAGCUAAAACUGUGCAAGUGGAACAGCUGGGACCCUAUGUCUUCAGAGAAUCACAUACUAAGGUGAAUUUGACAUGGAAUGAUAACAGUACUAUAACAUUCUACAAUCAGAGAUAUUGGCAUUUUGAACCGGAAAUGUCUAAUGGCUCCCUCACAGAUUCCAUCACCAGUCUCAAUCCUAUAGUUGUGACGAUAGCAUACUUCAUGCGUAACAGCCACCCGCUAAUCAAAGUGACAGUUGACGUUUUCCUCCGCACGUUACACGAGCACAUGUUCCUGUCGGCGCCUGUCGCCGAUUGGCUGUUUAAUGGAAUCGACGAUCCAGUACUGAAAAUUGUAGAACAUUUUCCGGAACUACCAAUUAAUAUUCCGUAUGAUAAAUUCGGAUGGUUUUAUGAGAGAAAUGGUUCCCGGGAGUACGACGGUAUAAUGUUAAUGAACACGGGUGCGGCUGAUUUCAGUAAAUUGGGAAAUAUUGAAAAGUGGAAGUACUCGAACACGACGAUGUAUAGAGACGAAUGUGGCGAAGUCCGGGGCUCAACGGGAGAACUAUGGGCUCCUGAGAUAGGACAACCUGAAGUUACGAUAUUCGCUCCUGAUAUAUGCACAUAUUUGAAUCUCGCGAAGAAUGAGACAGUUUCGGUUUUGGGUAUCGAGGGAAUGAUGUACGUCGCGAAUGACUCGGUCUUUGACAACGGAUACAGGUAUCCGAGAAUGGCAUGCUACUGUGACGAAGUCCGAGAUGAGAACUGCCUUCCACCGGGAGCUCUAAAUGUGUCUUCGUGUCGGUUUGGAGCACCAGCUUUUGUCAGCCGGCCUCACUUCCUCCGUAUGGACUCGUAUUACCCAAGCAAGAUUAGUGGACUUAACCCCACAGAAGACAUGAACUUCCGUCUGGCCCUGGAAAUGUACACUGGUAUGCCGUUGACUGUAUCAGCUCAAUUGCAGAUAAAUCUACUCGUCAGACAUAUAGGAGGAAUCACUAUAAACAAUCAACUGCCAGACGCAGACACUCUUAUGCCAAUGUUCUGGUUCCGCCAAGAAGUCAGGAUGAACGAAGAGUACGCGAGCCUCGCCCGUUUCGCGUUGAACCUGAGAUAUUAUAUGCCCGUUGGCUUUUAUGCACUUACGGGUAUUGGUGUGAUUUUAUUAUCUGUAGGCAUUUGGAUAAUACUUCAAAAGUUACUUAGAUCGCCCGAAUCGACGCCCAUACUUUCCGGAGCGUCACAGGAAGACGUAUCGGUGACGGAGCGGUAG